UUGGAAAUGGGAAUGACGAACUUGUUUGCCGAAUAUUUCUCAAGACCAGCACCGGCAGCAACAAGAGGAAUUACUAAUCAGUUACUGCCAAUUGAUCAAAAUCGGGCAUCAUCAUCUUCAUCAUUCUCAAUCGAUAGCCCAGGCGAAUACUCAUCCCUUCUCUUCAAUGUAGCAAGCACGCCGCCGUAUGUACCAGAACCGCCACGAACGGAUACCUUUUCCGAUCAGACUAUUAGACCAAUUCCACCGGUAUCUGCUACCGCCAUGCCAUAUCAACAAGCCAUUCAGACAUUAAAUCAAAUACAAGGCAUACAAUUACCGACACUAGAAACCGCAGACGCUGCAUUAACAAGAGCGUAUCUUGCUGUCAUGACAUCACCUUCUUCUUCUUCCUCCUCUCGCCAAUCCCGAGAAAACUUACCCACAGAUUAUAACCAAAUAGCAACACAAAAAGCCACUGCAUUUAGAAGGUUUAGAUCAGCUUUAGGUCCCAAUGUGCCAAUAGCAACAGCCACAACUCGCCGACAAAACAUGUUUAGAAGAUCUAUCAAUUUCUUCAGAAAUUUAAAUAUGAUGAGAUCAAGGCAAGAACAAAUGCAGCCUAACCCGCGUGCCCCCACAAGUACUCAGGUUCAUCACAUGAUUUCAGAGAGACGAAGACGUGAAAAGCUUAACGAUAGCUUUCAACUACUUCGAUCUUUACUCCCACCUGGUACUAAGAAGGACAAAGCAUCAGUACUUGCUAGUACAACAGAAUACUUAAGUUCAUUAAAAACUCAAGUGGAAGAACUGAGUAAAAAGAAUAAAAUGUUGGAAGCACAAUUACUACAACGUCAGAACAAAUCCUCCUUUGAACCAAUUAAUCAAGCUGCAGGAGAGGCAAUUAUUUGCUCCUCUACUGGUGGAAAUGAAAGGCUAGAUGUUGAAAUAAGAAAUGUAGGUGAAUCAACAUCAGAAUCAAGAAUAGUGGACUUGCAAAUUUCAGUAAGGAGAGAAUGCAGCAUCUUGGAUUUGGUUACUCGUUUGCUGGAAUUCUUGAAAAGUGACAACAAUGUAAACUUAGAGUCAGUAGCAGCAAACACCAGAUCAGUGGUUCAAUCAGAACCAGUAACUCAUAUAACCUUGCGACUUAGAAUUGAGGGUAGAGAAUGGGACGAGUCUAGUUUCGAGGAAGCAGUGAAAAGGGUUGUUGAUGACUUGGCAUAGAGGAACUUGUCUUGUCAUCUGUUGGUAGGACCCAUAAAAUUCUGACUGGCGGCGCCUUGAAUUAUUGAACUAGUUUUCAGAAUUUUCUCAUCCAAUCAUUUACUUUAGAGUCAGAAUUUUCACCAAUUAAUGUGGUGAAAAUUACAAUCAUAUGAUUGUACAAUUUUUUUGGUAGUUUAAUUACCUGGAUGUAAUGUGUAUUCAUACUGUAGUCCGAUUGAAAACUAGCUCACUUGGUAAAUUUCUUGCCUUUCCCAAUUGAGGUGAAAAAUCCCACCAACAACAUAACAAUUCCAUUGUUAUUAUUUGAUAAUUUCUA